CGCGGCGCGGGGAGCAGCGGGGCCGGGCUCGGAGGCAUGCGGGGGCGGCGCUGAGGCGACAGCCGCGGAGGCGGCGGAGCGGACCCGAGCCAGCCGACAUCUUGUCCCGCGCCGGAGCCGCCGCGGCGGAGGAGGGAGGAGCAGGCGGCGGCAGCGCGGCCAGGGUUUCCAGGUGCAGCUAUGAGGAAACCUCGGAGGAGGUCCCGGCAGAACCCCGAGGGGAGACGUUCUCCCUCGCCCUAUAGCCUGAAGUGCUCGCCCACCCGGGAGACUCUGACAUAUGCCCAGGCCCAGCGGAUAGUGGAGGUUGAUAUUGAUGGACGCCUCCAUCGCAUCAGCAUCUACGACCCCCUAAAGAUCAUCACGGAAGAUGAGCUGACUGCCCAGGAUAUCACAGAGUGCAACAGCAACAAGGAAAACAGUGAACAGCCCCUGUUCCCUUCCAAGUCCAAGAAAACUCCCUCGAAAGGCAAAAAGAAAGAGUCAUGCUCCAAACAUGCACCAGGGGCAUCUUUCCAUUUACCCCAGCCCAGCUUCCGGGUGAUGGACUCCUUCAGCCAGCCAGAUGCCCCUCCUCUGCCUGCAGCAUACUACCGGUACAUGGAGAAGCCUCCUGAGGACCUCGAUGCAGAGGUGGAGUAUGACAUGGACGAGGAGGAUCUGGCUUGGCUGGACAUGGUUAAUGAGAAGCGGAAGGACGAUGGCUACGGGACAGUUUCUGCUGACGCUUUUGAGCUGCUGGUGGAUCGGUUGGAGAAGGAGUCGUACUUGGAGAGCCGCAACAACGGAGCCCAGCAGUCCCUGAUUGAUGAGGACGCAGUCUGCUGCGUCUGCAUGGAUGAUGAGUGUCACAACAGCAACGUCAUCCUGUUCUGUGACAUCUGCAACUUGGCCGUGCACCAGGAGUGCUACGGUGUACCCUACAUCCCCGAGGGCCAGUGGCUUUGCCGCUGCUGCCUGCAGUCCCCAUCUCGCCCGGUUGAUUGUGUUCUGUGCCCAAACAAAGGCGGAGCCUUCAAGCAGACCAGUGAUGGCCGCUGGGCCCAUGUUGUUUGUGCCAUCUGGAUCCCCGAGGUCUGCUUUGCAAACACUGUGUUCCUGGAGCCCAUCGAAGGGAUAAACAACAUCCCACCUGCUCGCUGGAAGCUGACUUGCUACAUCUGCAAGCAGAAGGGCAUGGGAGCUGCUAUCCAGUGCCAUAAGGUGAACUGCUACACUGCCUUCCACGUCACCUGUGCCCAACGGGCUGGUCUCUUCAUGAAGAUAGAACCCAUGAGGGAGACCAGCAUCAAUGGCACAACUUUCACGGUGCGCAAGACGGCUUACUGUGGUGCACAUUCCCCACCUGGUACAACAAUAAAAGGGUCUCUGACUGCUACCAGUGAAGGGGAGGAGGACAUCGCGAAGGAAGAAGGAGAGGAGGAAGACAGCGUCAGCAUCCCCAAGGGAUCCCUGAAGAAGAGCAAAGUGAAGUUGAAGCAGAAGAUCAGAAAGGAAGCCUGUGACCUAGCAGAUGGACGUUCAUCUAUGCCACUGGUGACAGUCACACAGAUCCCCUCUUACAGGUUGAAUAAAAUCUGCAGUGGACUCUCUCUCCAGAGGAAGAACCAGUUUAUGCAGCGGCUACACAACUACUGGCUGCUGAAGCGCCAGGCGAGGAAUGGUGUCCCUCUGAUCCGGCGCCUCCACUCUCACUUGCAGUCCCAAAGAAAUGCAGAGCAGAAAGAGCAGGAUGAGAAGACCAGUGCAGUGAAGGAGGAACUGAAGUACUGGCAGAAACUGCGGCAUGAUUUGGAGAGAGCACGGUUGCUCAUUGAGCUGAUCCGUAAGAGGGAGAAACUCAAACGGGAACAGGUCAAAGUUCAACAAGCUGCUAUGGAGUUACAGCUGACUCCAUUCAAUGUGCUGCUUCGCACAACUUUGGACCUGCUGCAGGAGAAGGAUCCGGCCCAGAUUUUUGCAGAGCCUGUUAACCUGAAUGAGGUUCCAGAUUACCUGGAAUUCAUUUCCAAUCCAAUGGAUUUUUCCACCAUGAGGCGGAAGCUGGAGUCCCACCUGUACCGAACCUUGGAUGAGUUUGAGGAAGACUUUAACCUUAUAGUUACCAACUGCAUGAGGUAUAAUGCUAAAGACACGAUUUUCCAUCGAGCAGCUGUCCGGCUGAGAGACCUUGGAGGAGCGAUAUUACGCCAUGCGCGACGGCAGGCUGAAAACAUUGGCUUUGACACUGAUGUGGGGAUUCACCUGCCCGAGUCACCCAAAACGGAAGACUUUUAUCGCUUUUCUUGGGAGGAUGUGGACAAUAUUCUCCUCCCUGAGAAUCGGGCUCACCUUUCUCUGGAGGCGCAAUUGAAGGAGUUGCUGGAGAAGCUGGACAUGGUGAGCACCAUGCGAUCCAGCGGUGCCCGGACCCGACGCAUCCGGCUCUUGAGACGUGAGAUCAACUCCAUCCGGCAAAAGCUGGCCCAGCAACAGAACAAGACCAUGCCAAACGGAGAGCAUGCCUCGCGGGAGGAGGAGCUGGACAAAACGCUAAGGGGAGAGCAGGACGAUGACGGGGAGAAAGCAGAUGACACCAAGCCCCCACAUCCCCCCACCCUAGAGCCCACGGGACCCGCACCCUCCCUGUCUGAUUUGGACUCUCUGCAGGACCCUCCAACGCUCAAACCCAUCAGUGAAAGCAAGUCCUUGAACAGACUGCAGAAGCGGAUGAAAUCGGAGGGCGAGCUCUUUGAUAAGAAGGCACUACAUAGGGAGAGCCAUGCUUUCCAGCGCUUGCUCAGUGACAAUGGGCUGAACGGACUGGCCCUUCAGGCCAUGGACGCUCCUGCCAGCCCCCCAUUCAGUGGUGUGGGCAGGCGUACGUCUGUCCUUUUUAAAAAAGCUAAGAAUGGGGUGAAGCUGCAGAGGGGCCUGGACUGUCCCCUGGAGAAUGGAGAGGACCACAGCCAGAGUGGACAGCUUUCCCCCUCCAGCGCGGAGGGCGAACGACAAGCCCGGAAGCGGCUGCGGAGUGGGAGCUGUAGCACAAGUGAUGGCGAGAAAUCCCCCAGACAGACAGGAGAAACAGCAGGAGUGACCAACGGCUUUGGGAAACAUACGGAAAGUGGGUCUGACUCGGAGUGCAGCUCUGGCCUUGGCAGUGGGCUGGCAUUUGAAGCCUGCAGCGGCUUGACUCCUCCCAAACGUAGUCGAGGGAAGCCAGCCCUUUCUCGGGUCCCCUUCUUGGAUGGUGUGAAUGGAGACUCUGAUUACAGCAGCUCAGGCAGAAACCUCCUGAUGCCCUUUGAGUGCCAUGCUGAACUGGAACCUUUGGAGCUCGUGUGGGCAAAGUGUCGAGGCUAUCCGUCCUACCCUGCCUUGAUAAUUGAUCCCAAGAUGCCGCGCGAGGGCCUCCUUCACAAUGGAGUCCCCAUCCCUGUCCCUCCCCUGGAUGUUUUGAAGUUGGGAGAGCAGAAACAGACAGAGGCAGGAGAAAAGCUCUUUCUUGUCCUGUUCUUUGACAACAAGAGAACCUGGCAAUGGCUUCCACGGGACAAAGUUCUUCCCCUUGGGGUGGAUGACACAGUGGACAAGCUAAAGAUGAUGGAGGGCCGAAAAACCAGCAUCCGCAAGUCCGUCCAGGUGGCGUACGACCGAGCAAUGAUCCACAUGAGCCGCGUCCGGGGAGACCACCCCUUUGUCACGUCAAAUUAUCUGUAGGGAGUCGGAAAUGCCCACUCUGCCCCAUUUUUUCAGACCCAGUGCUUGCACCUGUUGGCACAGUGGACCUUGCCAUGCACAGAAUGGUAGGGGAUUCCUCCCUGCCUGGGGGAGCGUGAUGGGGCAUCUGCUGUGUUCUUUUGUGUUCCUGUGAGAGAUGCACUAUGCCUAGCAGUGUGAGCAGCUCCUAUAAACAUGAUUCGUGCCAAAAAGCCUGUCCGGAAUCUUUCUGAAUGUGUCUCAUUGAAGAGCCGGCAGGAGAGGAAGUGAUCUAUUAGGCUGGACCACAAGAAAGACGCUGGUGAAGUGGGGGGGAGAUGCAGUCUGAUGGUUGGACAUCAUGCCCCACACCUCUUGGGUUUUUAGUCUGCAGCCAGCUCUGAGUAAUUCUCUGGAAUCCAUCACCAUUGUAAAUAAACCAGUACCCUUUAGUGGAACUCCUACUGGACUGUCUUGUGCCAAAUUUACAAUAACCAUCACUGGACUUUUUUAAUUUCUUUUUUUAAAUGACAUUGGUUGCCCCAUGGCGUUAACAAAUUUGCAGCCUACUGUUAUUGUUAUGACUCUCAUGCCUAUGUAUAUAUAAUAUGUUUUCAUGGUAGGUUUUCACCACAAUUAGAAAAGAUUGAGAUCAUAUUUUGAUAUCUCUCCCUUUCUCCUUACGCACACAUGCACAAAUGCACAGAGCUUUAAAUAUAAAAAACAAGUUCCCUAAUUUUAUUUUUUAUUUUUAUGUGUGUGUGACCUAGACAUUUAUAGUCAAUGGUUUCAUGUGUAAAUUUCAAUUUCAGUGACUAUGUGACAAUUCCAAGAACAUGUUCUUCAUAUUGCAUCUUAACAGAGUAUUGAGUCUGGGCAAGAAAAUGUCUUUUAUGUUUUUUUAACCUAAUUUUGGAAGUGUCUAAUCAGCUGGAACAGCUUGACAGACACUAACGUUGAUCAGGGCGGGAGGAAGACACGCCCUGUGGUGUCGUUUUAUGCUUAUUCAGUUUAGAAUAACUAGUUGGAAUGUCAGACCCCAAUUGUUGUCUUCCCUUAUUUUUUCAUGGACUGUCUUUUUAAAGUUUUCCUCCAGCUUGGUUUGGACUGGAUUAAAGCUGUGACUGGAUUUCUGCUAGCUGGAGCACAUAACCGUUUCACCUGUUCACAUCUCUUCCCUGCUCUGUGGGUCUCUAGCAUUUACGAUCCAUUCAAAACAAA